ACCAAUAAUACCUCUUAACAAUUUUUAUAUUUUUCUCUCCAUCAUACAAAAUCAAAAUAGAAUUAAGAAAAAAGGUCAAAAAUUAGAAAAAGCUCCCGCCAAAUUGUAAAUGUUGUUUCCCUCCACAGCGAAACCGGCUACAGCCGGUACCCUUCUUCGAAUUGAAUCAGACUCACUCCUUUAUAAAAUGCCCAAAACACAACUCAGUUUCAGUUUUAUCUAAACACCUCUUCAGUCGGUUCCCGGUCAUCGUUUUCUUCUCACCAAGAAACAAAGAGAAGAACAAUCUCGCUUCUAGGGUUUUCUCUCUGGUUCAUGAAGCUUUAUCCAAUCUAGGGUUUCGAUUGUUCUAUGAUAUCAGUAGUUGUAGUAGCAGUAGCAGAGAGUAGCCGAGAAGAUGAGCGCCGUCAACAUUACAAACGUCGCCGUUUUGGAUAACCCUUCCGCUUUUCUUAACCCUUUUCAGUUCGAAAUUUCUUACGAGUGUUUGACUCCUCUUAAAGACGACUUGGAAUGGAAACUCACUUAUGUGGGUUCUGCUGAGGAUGAGACAUAUGAUCAGCUUUUAGAGAGUGUACUUGUUGGUCCUGUUAAUGUUGGCAACUAUCGCUUUGUUCUUCAGGCAGAUCCACCAGACCCAUCAAAAAUCCGAGAUGAAGAUAUCAUUGGCGUUACAGUACUACUAUUGACUUGUUCUUAUGUGGGACAAGAGUUUAUUAGAGUUGGUUACUACGUGAACAACGAUUACGGUGAAGAACAGCUGAGAGAGGAACCGCCACCAAAGCUUUUGAUUGAUAAAGUUCAAAGAAAUAUUCUAGCUGACAAACCAAGGGUAACAAAGUUCCCGAUCAAUUUUCAUCCCGAGAACAAUGAAACCAGUGACCAGCCCCCUGCUUCUUCACCCGAUCAACUUACUGAGGUCAAUGGUGCUGAUGUAAACGUCCCCGAAACCAAUGGUGCUGAAGAAAACGUCCCUGAAAUCAACGGAACUGAAGAAAAACCACCCGUCUCAUCUUCAUGAUAACCAACAACAUGUUGUAAGUUGAAAGUGACUGCAUAACAAAGUAUAUCGCUAUUGACUUUUUUUUGCAUAGGAGAUCAUUUCGGGUGGCUAAGCUUAAUAGAGUUCUUCACAAAAUUUCAAGGAUCUCCCCCUUUUUCGACUGGUACGCUUUCUCUCUCUCGAGUAUCAAGUGGAAGUUGUUAUGAUCUGAUUUCUCCUGAGAUUCAUGAGAGUACAAGUUCAGUUCAAAUAUAUUGUAAUGUCACAUAUGUUGCCUCUCAAAAUUUUGUGUUUUAAAGAUUUGUUGUUAGAACUAUGAUGUGGUAGUGAAAAUUAGAUGAAAAAAAGGCCUGAAAUUUUCUGAGCAGUAA